CUGGAGAGCAAAAGAUCUCUCAGGUCCUUUGAGAAUGCUUUAAACAGCCUCGAGAACGGUGGGGGGUCAUAUGAAGCAGCUUAUACAAAUACCAUGGAGCGCAUAAAGUGUCAGAUGCCCGAUCAAAGGGAGACCGCCCUCAAGGCUCUGAUGUGGACCGCAUUCUGUAGGCGACCCUUGAAAGCACUGGAGUUGCAACACGCUCUUGCAACGGAGCCGGACGCCACAGAAUUCGACAGUGGGAACAUCACGCCAAUUGAUGAUAUAGUAUCGGCUUGCGCCGGUCUUCUGACAGUCAGCCAGGGCACAUCAGUCGUUACACUUGUCCACUAUACGACUCAGGAAUUCUUAGAACGGGCGGCUACUAGAUGGUUCUCGGAUGCUCAUGCGGAUAUUCUCAGAACCUGCAUUACAUACAUGUCCUAC